AUGGAAGAAGAAGAAGUAGAAGAAAGCAAAGAUGAUGAAGAAGAUUAUGACGAAGAAGCAGAAGACAAAGUAGAAGACGAUGAUGAUGCAGAAGUAGAAGAAGAUAAUGGAGAUGAUGAAGAAGAAGUAAAAGAAGAAGCUGAUGAUGAUGAACAAGUAGAAGAAGCGAAUGAAGAAGAUGAUGAUAAUGAAUUGAUGUGGGUGAGACAGUCGAUGUGGGUGAGACAGAUGGGUGAGACAGUUGAUGUGGGUGGACAGUUGAUAUGGCUGAGACAGUCGAUUUGGGUGAGACAGUUGAUAUGGGUGAGACAGAUGGGUGAGACAGUCGAUGUGGGUGAGACAGUUGAUAUGGGUGAGACAGUCGAUGUGGGUGAGACAGUCGAUAUGAGUGAGACAGUCGAUGUGGGUUAG